AUGGAAAUUCAAAACGGCGUCGUUGUAGUCGUCUCCCUUAUUAGACGAUUUUUAAAAAACCCAACUUUUCUCAAAACACUCUCUUCGUUUGAAUUUGGGGGAAAACAGAGAAGUGAGUUUUCUCACUGUGGCAAGAGCUUUUAUGCAUCUCACCGGAUUGAAUUCGAGCUCCUCCGAUGUGAAUCGCAUUCCACUAUCGGUUCGGAGUACUUCGAUACACAUCCAAUCAAAAACGUGGUUGGAGAAGAUGGUACUGAGAUUGAUUGGGAAGGUGAGAUUGAUGAUAGCUGGGUCAAAGAGAUCAACUGUUUGGAGUGGGAAAGCUUUGCGUUUCAUCCUAGCCCACUCGUUGUUCUCGUUUUCGAACGAUACAAAAGGGCUAGUGAUAACUGGAAGACAUUGAAGGAGCUUGAGAAAGCGAUUAAAGCGGUUAAGAUUGACCUGAACAUUGAGACAGAUUUGGCUUAUGCUCUUAAAGCUAAGGAAUGCCCACAGAUUCUCUUCUUACGUGGAAACAGGAUUUUGUACAGAGAGAAAGACUUUCGCACGGCGGAUGAAUUGGUCCAGAUGAUUGCGCAUUUCUACUAUAAAGCAAAUUGGGUCGACAAGGCUAAGGUAACCCCGUUGUGUUAGUUUGCAACGGGAACAGAGUACUAGUUUUUCUCAAAGGUCAGUCUAGGAAAGGAGUACAAAAAAACUUCAAACAUAUAGAUUGUAACAUUUUUGUAUGUUCUAUGCAAUAUAAAGUUGUCAAUCU